AUGGCUACCCCUAGUGUCCUAGCUUUUGACGCUGAGGGUCGCGCCAUUGACUUUGAGGUCUGGGUAGACGACCUGCAGUUGUUUUUACAGUGCGAUAGGGCAGACGGCCUCUCUCUCUUUGACCUUACCUCUGGCGCCUCUCCUGCUCCUGCUGCUGAUGCUGAUCCCACUGUCCGCUCUCAGUGGGCCACCCGCGAUGCUGCUGCACGUCUUGCUGUGCGUCGCCACCUCCCUACCUCUGAGCGCGCGCACUUUAGUCAGUACAAGAGUGCUCAGACCUUGUACGACGCUGUCGUUGCGCGCUACUCCUCCCCUGCCACUGCUGCACUGAGCCUCGCGCGCCUCCCUGACUCCCUUCGCGUAGUCAGGGACCACUUUCUCGCAGUCUGUCCCACCACCCUCACCGUCGACGUCCUUGAGAAGGCCCUACUCGCAGCGGAGAAGAAUAUAGUCGAUGUAGGAGCUUCUCGUGGUGACCCUCGCACCCCCAUCUUUGAGGGGUGCUCUCCUUCCCCCUUGCUGCCCUCUGUUGCCUCUGCUGCUGCUGCCGACCUGCUUGGUCUUGAGUCGUUCGGCGCGGCGUCUGCCCCUAGUGGGAGACGUCGCAAGGGCAAGGGGGGCAAGGGCGCGGGUGGAGCUGGAGGGGGCGGUGGCGGUGGCGGCGGAGGCGGCGGAGGGAGUGGGGGUGGCGGCGGGAGUAGUGGUGGGGGUGGUGGUGGUGGUGGCAGCAGCGGCGGAGGCGGCGGUGGUGGCGGCGGCGGUGGUGGUGGUGGCAGUAGCGGAGGUGGAGGCGGCGGAGGAGGCAGUGGAGGAGGCGGUGGAGGUGGACGGGGUGGAGCUGGUCGAGGUGGUACCCAGCAGCGGAGCGGCGGUGGUGGUGGCCAGCGCUCGCAGCAGCAGCAGCAGCAGCGUUCGCGGGACAUCCCUCCGCCUCAGCAGCUUCGUGAGUGGUACACUCAGCGUCAGAGGGGUGGGGGUACUGGUCCUUGCACCUACGUCCUUCGUUCCGGCGACCGCGCGGCGAUCCUUGAUCUUGAUUUUGAUGCUAUCCUUGGUGCUAUGUAUGCUGUGAUUAUUAGUGAGGAGGGUGACUGUUACCGGUGUUUCCCGCCCGACCCGGGCAUUGGUACUGCUGCGCUAGGUGCUUGUGAGGCUGCUGCUCUAGGUGCCAGUGCGUCCGCGCUCUCAGGUACUGGUGAGACUGCGCUCUCAGGUACUGCGUCGCCCUCGUCCCCCCUCACUUUCACACUUGACUCCGGGGCUUCUCGCUCCUUCUUUCGAGACCGCACCACCCUCACGCCGCUUGGCCGGCCGGUUGCCGUCUCCCUGGCUGAUCCCUCUGGGGGUCCUGUUCUCUCUCACUUCUCCACUGUCCUCCCGUGUCCGGCUGCCCCUUCGGGCACCCUGUCUGGACUGUACCUUCCCUCGUUCUCUACGAACUUGGUGAGUGGUGCGGACCUACAGGAUGCGGGGGUUCACCAGUUCACUCCUGCGAGUCAACGGGUGACCCACUGCACGGACGCACGCACAGGCCGGCACCUGGCCACGUUCUCACGUCGGCCGGGGUCGAGCCUCUACACCCUGACCACUGCGUCUCCUCCUGUCCCUGCGUCUGGUCAGGUAGCUGCGUCAGGUCAGGUGUUUGCUGCUGCGUCCCGGUCAGGUCCUGAGUCUGCCCCCUGUUCUUGUCGCCUCCUGUCUCACGAGACUCUCAUGUGGCACCACCGUCUUGGCCACCCGUCCUUGCCCCGUCGUCGGAGCAUGGCUUCCCGUGUCCUUGUCUCUGGUCUUCCCCGGUCUCUCCCUCCCCUUCCCUCCGGGCCAGGACCUUCCUGUGUCCCCUGUGUCGAGGGUCGCCUCCGGGCUACUCCUCACUCCUCCCAGUUCCCCCCGACAGAGGCUCCUCUGCAAACGCUUCACAUGGACGUGUGGGGCCCAGCCCCCGUACGUGGGCAGGGUCACGAGCGCUACUUCCUGUUGGUGGUUGACGACUACUCGCGUUACACCACAGUCCUCCCCUUGCGCAGCAAGGGUGCUGUCACUGAGGUGCUGAUCGACUGGAUCCGCGAGGCUCGUCUCCAGCUCAGGAAGAGCUUCGGCUCGGACUUUCCUGUUCUGCGUCUGCACUCGGACAGAGGCGGAGAGUUCUCCUCUCGCCUUCUGCGAGACUACUGUCGUGCACGGGGGAUCCGCCAGACCUUCACGCUUCCGGACUCUCCACAACAAAAUGGGAUUGCUGAGCGCCGCAUUGGCAUGGUCAUGGAUAUCGCUCGUACGUCCAUGAUGCAUGCGGCUGCCCCCCAUUUUCUGUGGCCGUUUGCGGUGAGGUACGCGGCGCAUCAGCUCAACCUUCACCCCCGGGUCUCUCGGCCCGCGAUGUCCCCAGUCUUGCUGUGGACAGGGAAGGUUGGCGAUGCGUCGGCGUUCCGUGUCUGGGGAUCUCGGGCGUUUGUCCGCGACUUGUCUGCGGACAAGCUGUCCCCUCGAGCUGCUCCCUGUGUCUUCCUUGGCUUCCACACUGACGCUCCAGGGUGGCAGUUUUACCACCCCUCCUCUCGUCGUGUUCUGUCCUCCCAGGACGUCACGUUCGACGAGUCAGUCCCCUUCUACCGCCUCUUCCCCUACCGCACUCCUUCCCUCCCCCCUCCCCCGGACUUCCUUGUGCCGGUUCCCCCCCCGGUAGACCCCCUCCCCCCUCAGGUUCCUGCCCCCUCAGGUGUGUCCCAGGUAGACGCAGUUGACCCGGUCGAGGUAACUGGUGACUCUGGUGCUGCUGCGGGUGCUGAGCCUGGGGGUGCUGCCUCUGGGGGUGCUGUGCGCGGGGGUGCCGGGCCUGGAGGUGCUGCUACUGGGGGUGCUGAGCCUGGGGGUGCUGAGCCGGGGGGUGCUGUGCCUGGAGCUGCUGAGCCUGGGGGUGCUGAGUUGGGUGCGGCUGAGCCUGGGGGUGCUGAGUCUGGGGCUGCUGAGCCUGGGGGUGCUGGGUCUGGAGCUGCUGAGCCUGGGGUUUCUCCUGCUGCUGCGUCUCGACGGGAGCCCCUCUCUCCACAGGAGCUGCGUGAGUGGUUUGCUCGCCGCUGGAGGUGUGCUGCUGGAGCUGGAGCUUCUUCGAACGUCGAGGGUGCUGGUGCUGCCGGUCCCGGAGCUGCUGGGCCUGCGAGUCCUCCUGGAGCUGGAGCUGCUGAGGGUGUUGGUGCUGAGACCACUGCUGUCUGUCCUCGCGGUGGUUCUGCUGCUGGUGCUGCUGGAGGUCCUGCCGCUGGAGGUGUUGGUGGCGCUGGUGCUGUCCCUGCUGAGUUUGGAGCUGCCGCGCGGCCUCGGCCGUACUUCGUUCCGCUCCUACAGCAGGUUCUUGUGGUCCUACUGGAGGUCUCGCUGAGCGUCGUGAGCCUGCGUCUCGUCCCGCGUCGCCUGUUCGUGCUGCUCGCGCUAGUGGUCGCGGUUCGCGUCAGCGUCCUCCUCGUCCCUGGCACGCACCGGAUGUCUCUGCGUCCGUCCACUACUCCUCUGCGUGCCCCUUUGCCUUCUCCUCCUGAGUCCUCUCUUCCUGCGCUUUCCGACCUGAACUCGGACUCUCUUCGUGCUGCCAGUCCUACUGUCACGCGUCUGCUUGCUACUGUCGUCACUGACCCCUCUUUUGAGUCCACUGAUGCAUCUGCUCUUGUCGCUGAGCUCGUCGACUUUGCUGCUUGCUGUCGUCUAGACUACGCUGCUAGUCUUGUUGCUGAGUCUGCGUCUGUCUGUCCUCCGUCCGUCGGGGGUGAGUGUGCUCUUGGCACGGACGUCCUAGAGGACAGGCAGGAGGAGUUACAGUGUCUGGCUGCUGCUUCACCUCAUCUCACGUCUGUACUGCUUGCUCCUGAGGGAGACCCGGAUGCACAAGACAUCCCGAUUCCGCGCUCUUACGCGGAGGCUGUAGAGGGUCCCUACUCCUCUCAGUGGCAGGCAGCUAUGGAUGCAAAGAUGGCUUCCUGGAAGUCCACAGGCACCUACGUUGACGCAGUUUCCCGUCCUGGGGCGAACAUCGUCAGUGGCAUGUGGAUCUUCCGGGUGAAGCGGCCGCCGGGCUCUCCACCUGUCUUCAAGGCGCGGUACGUUGCUCGUGGCUUCAAUCAGCGGCAGGGGGUUGACUACUUUCAGACCUUCUCUCCCACCCCGAAGAUGACCACUCUUCGGGUGCUGCUGCACAUAGCCGCUCAGCGCGACUACGAGCUUCACUCUCUCGACUUCAGCACUGCGUUCCUGCAGGUCUACGUUCUCCGCCAGGCACCGCGUGAGUGGCACGACACACUGAGGACUACGCUUGCGGCUCUUGGGUUUGCUCCGUCUACUGCCGUCCCGUCGCUGUUUCUGCGCACCGACACUUCACUGCCGCCGUUCUACAUCCUCGUGUACGUCGACGACUUGGUCUUUGCCACAGCGGACACUGCUGGACUCGCCUACGUGAAGUCCGAGCUGCUGAAGAGACACACGUGCACAGACCUGGGUGAACUGCGCAGCUACCUUGGCUUGCAGAUCACUCGGGACAGAGCACGCCGCACCAUCACCUUGACUCAGUCACACAUGGUGCAGCAGGUCCUUAAGCGCUUCGGCUUCACGUACUCCUUGCCUCAGGCCACUCCUCUGUCUACUCGCCACUCGCUCUCAGCUCUGCCUUCGGAUGAGUCCGUAGAGCCGAAGCACAUGGCUGCAGCGAAGAGGGUAUUGCGCUACUUGUGCAGUACGUCGGGCAUGGGGCUAGCGCUUGGAGGGCGGAGUCCAGUGGUCCUUACAGGCCAUGCGGACGCUUCUUGGGCUGACGACCAGGCUACGCAGCAGUCGUCACAGGGUUACACCUUCAGUCUUGGUUCCGGCUCUGUCUCGUGGCGGUCUACUCGGUCGUCUUCGGUUCUCGGCUCCAGUUGUGAGGCUGAGAUCUACGCCGGGGCCAUGGCUGCACAGGAGCUUCGCUGGCUCACCUACCUGCUGACUGACCUUGGAGAGCAGCCUCGUUCUCCUCCAGUGCUGUACGUAGACAACAAGGCCAUGCUGGCCUUGUGUCGAGAGCAGCGCUUGGAGCACAGAACGAAGCACAUUGCUCUCCGCUACUUCCUUGCUCGUGAGCUGCAGCAGCGUGGUCAGUUGCGACUUGCGUACGUGGCCUCUGAGGCCAACACUGCUGAUGUGUUCACCAAGGCACUCGCGCCUUGUGACCAUCAGCGCUUUUGCACCCAGCUGGGUCUUGUGCCUGUCUUGCCUCACUUGCUCUCCUCUUGA